AUGACUGACAAUACCUCCAAGUAUCACCCCGCCUUAACCAUCACCAAUGUUAAGAGCCUAAUUCCGAUUACUUUGGAUGCCAAUCAUGGUAUGUACCACUCUUGGGCCGCUCUCUUUAAAGUGUUGUGUAGGGUUCAUGACCUUACCCAUUACAUUAUCCCUCCCACGGAGGCCCCAGAACUCACCGCCUAUCAAGCCUCAAAAUCGGCAGACCUUGCCUUUUGGAAGCGGCUUGAUGCCGCGGUUCUCAACUGGAUUUAUAGCUCUAUAUCUCCAGACCUUCUUAGUGUUAUUCUUCUCAAGGAUGAUACCGCUCACGGUGCAUAG